AUGGACGCUCUGCCGGUGACCGCGGAGCCGCCGGGCAACUGGUCCAACUCGUCGGGCCUCAACGGUUCGGAAGUGUACUGGAACCAGUUCGUGCAGCCCGUGUGGCGGGUCGUGCUGUGGGCGAUCGCGUACGGCACGAUCGUGGUCGUGUCCGUGGUGGGCAACGUGGUGGUCAUCUGGAUCAUCGUGGCGCACAAGCGCAUGAGAACCGUGACCAACUACUUCUUGGUGAACCUGGCGUUCGCGGAGGCGUCCAUGUCGGCCUUCAACACGGUGGUGAACUUCACGUACGCCGUGCACAACGAGUGGUACUUCGGCCUCGUCUACUGCCGCUUCCACAACUUCUUCCCGAUCGCCGCCGUGUUCGCGAGCAUCUACUCGAUGACGGCCAUCGCCCUGGACAGGUACGUAGCGAUCAUCCACCCCCUGCAGCAGCGCAUGGCAUCCAGGGAGACCAAGGUGGUGGUGGGGGCAAUCUGGCUGCUGGCGCUCUGCCUCGCCUUCCCGCAGUACUACUACUCCAGCAUAGCUUACCUGCCCGGCCGCGUCGUCUGCUACAUCGACUGGCCUGAGUACAAAGUCUUUAACUUCAAACGCAUGUACUUCUUAUGCGUGGCGGGGCUCAUCUACUUCCUGCCCCUGCUGGUCAUGGGUUGCGCUUACCUGGUGGUGGGCCUCACGCUGUGGGCGAGCGAGAUCCCGGGCGACUCCUCCGACCGCUACAGGGAGCAACUGAAUGCCAAACGCAAGGUGGUGAAGAUGAUGAUUGUGGUGGUGUGCACGUUUGCCACCUGUUGGCUGCCAUACCACGUCUACUUCCUGCUCUAUGAGUUCUUCCCAGACCUCUUUGAACAGACCUUCAUCCAGCAGGUGUACCUUGCCAUUAUGUGGCUGGCCAUGAGCUCCACGAUGUACAACCCCAUCAUCUACUGCUGCCUCAAUGACAGAUUCAGAGCGGGAUUCAAGCAAGCCUUCCACUGGUGUCCCUGUGUCCCCGAUGGGUCCUAUGAGGGCUUGGAGCUCAAAUCGACCCGCUAUCUCCAGACCCAGACCAGCGUGUAUAAGGCCAGCCGCAUGGAGGCCACCGUGUGCACUGUGAUGCCUCCAGGGGAAGAGGAUCAUGAUGUAGGGGAUCCGGAGCCAGCUAUGCCACGUCGUCCCUCCAUGGACCUCGCUUCCAAUGGCUCCUCCUCACGUAGUGUCUCCAAGACUGUGUCAGAGACAUCGAGCUUCUACUCGAGCAGCAACCUUGCCUAGCAGCCUGAAGCGCAUUUGUGCUGGUUGGGCUCUACAGAUGUCUGACAGUGUAGUCCUCAUUGUCCUCAUCCACAGCAGGACACAGCCUUUGUUCCUGCUCAGCACCUCCAGCCUGGUGCCAUGUCAGUGGGCUUUCCGCAUCCACAUCUUAGGCCAUCCCACCUACACCCAUGUCACACCGUGAGGUCAACGGCUAGAAGGAUUGGUGGGCCUCCGGCAUCUGCUCCAGCAGCUGACCCGGCGAAUCCAUUGAAAACCACACUUUCCAGCUGGGUGAGAAGAUUUUCAUGGGCAGCACGAGUGUGUGAAAACACAGCAUCUUCAAACCUACGCCCUUUUUAAAUUGCAGCGCUCAGUGCGGCACUUUCUAUAAACGUUAAUCUCAUAAUUUCGUUUUUUUUUGCUCGUUCUACAGUCCUGCGUCGCUACGAGUGUAUGUGUGCGCGCGGAGCAAUUCGUGUGCAUGCGAGUCCAGCUGAAGUCCACGAGGGAGUUAUUUCAUGCACCUCAGACUCUCGCUCUCGGAAAAUGUAUAAAGGCCAGGAAAUCUGAGUCUCACCGGAGCAUCAUCAGACUUAGCAGGUCUGCUCAUAUCUGUAUGCUUUCUUCUCCUUCACAGCCAAUUAAUGUGUAGCUGCCAACACCAUCCCACCAUGUGAGAGCAAGAGCCAGCAGCCACGUUCGGCACACGCAGCACAAUAUAUAACGUUAGUGCCGC